AUGACCGUCGCACACAUCAUCCUCCUCAAGAUCAAGCCCUCAGUCUCCGAGACUCAAGCCCACGACAUCCUCAAGGCUGUCGCCCACCUCAAGGAAGAGCUCCCAGGAGUCGUCGAGUCUGUUCACCUCGGCCUCAACUUUUCCGCCCGCUCCAAGGGCUUCACCCACGGCUUCACCAUGAUCUUCAAGGACAAGGCCGCCCUCGAGACCUACGACAAGUCGCCUGAGCACAUUCGUGUUGUCACGGAGGUCAUCCGUCCUAACAUUGAGGACAUCAUUGCAUUCGACUAUGAGGUUGAGGACUAUUCUAGCCCUCGUCUUUAA